AUGUCCUCUCCUUUUCUGGACAUCCAAGGGAAUCCAAUCCCUCUGGAACGGAUUCUCGGAAGUGGGGCCUCUGCAGUAGUUCUGCUUCAGGAUGAUAUGGCCAUCAAGACUCCCUUGAGAUAUCGUUGGAGCUCAGACUACGACGUCAAAGCAAACACUCAAAGUCUCAUACGCGAACAAGAUGUAUAUCGCCGCUUGCAGCACCCUGGAGACGACCGUUCUCAUGGUAUUGUCGGUUGUAUUGGAUUUUCAGCUGACGCCACGCAACUCGCUUAUAUGGUCAAUGGGGAUCUUCAAACGUAUCUUGCAAAACACUGCCAGUGCCCUCCUCGUCAGCUGCAACUCAGAUGGUUCAACCAGAUGGCUCGCACACUCAGUUUUAUUCAUGACAGACGUGUGCUUGUUGCAGAUAUCGCCAGCCGGAACUUUCUUCUCGAUUCCGAUCUAUCGCUCAAAUUCUGUGACUUUACCGAAGCAUCUCUUCUUCCAUUGGAUUCUGAUAUGGAAACUGUGGAUGAUAAUGGCUACACAACCCGGAUUGACAUUGGCUCCCUUGGUGCAGUUAUAUACGAAGUUAUAACCGGCACUAAGUGUAAGAUUGAUCUCUACAGGGACAACCCUCCUACCGAUGGUCGAGCUUAUUGGCCAGAGAGGAGGCUUCUACCAAGCACACAAGGUAUCUGGCUUGGCUGGAUUAUUGAAGGCUGCUGGAAUGGCGAAUUUGCCAGCGCUCACAACCUCCUCCAGGCAUUGAAUUCCACCAACCCGCAUAUCUUAUCCUGA